AUGAAAUAUUUCCAACGGUUUUUAUUGAUUUUUAUACAAUUAAAAUGGAUUUUAUGUGAUUUUGAUGCAUCAGGUUAUAAUGAUAGAAUAGCAACUAAAUCCGUUGAAGAUUGGUUAAUAAAAGUUAAUGAACAAUAUUAUACUUUAAGUCAUUAUGCUGCUGUUUAUACAUGGGAAAUAGGUGUUAACGGUAAUAAAGAUUUACAAAAUGAAGCAACAGAAUUGGGAAAAAUUCGAUUACAUUGGAAAAAUCAAAGAUGUGAUGAAUCUGAAGAUAUAUUAGAUGAUUUAACUGAUAAUCAAAGACGUAUGGUAUGGAUGUUGUGUAGAGGACCAAAAUAUAAUAACGAUGAAGUAAUCGAGUUAUCUAUAAUCUUAGAUAAAAUUCAAGCAAUUUAUACAGAAACGGAAAUAUGUUUACCAAAAACUUUUGAUUUAUGCUUAAAUUAUCAUCGAAUUUGGGAUUAUACAUAUGUAACAGAUGAAAAUGGAGAUGUUUCAAAAUUAAAUUUUUCUGUUUACAGAUCAGAAUGCUGUUUGGACAGCAAUCAUUUACAUUUUUAUAAUGGAAAUAUAUGUAACGAUUACUACGUUUAUCGUGGAAAAACUAAUAAAAAUCAAUUACGAGAAGAAUCAGAAAUUGAAAAUCAAAUAAGGAAUUCAUCUAGAAUAUGUUUCAAUAUUGAAUCAGAUUUAGAAGAAAUAAUGCAGGGUAAUUUCCAAAAGUUCAAUAGAGAAGAUUGUGCUCUUCCUGCUGAAUUGAUAUUUCGUUGGACGUGGGAAGCUUGGAGAUUGGCUGUUGGUCCUAAAAUUAAAAAAUAUUAUCCACAAGCUAUAAAAAUUAUGAAUUAUGGAGCACAAAAAAAUGGUUAUAAUAAUAUCGGAGAAACAUGGAGAGAAGAACUAGAAAUUGAUAAUAUACGGGAUGUAAUUAAAAAACUUUGGCUCAAAAUUAAACCUUUUUAUAUAAAUUUACAUGGUGUUUUAAGAAAUGCUCUUUGGAAAAAAUAUUUUUUUGAAAAUAUGAAUAUCUUGACUAGAACUGGACCUAUACCAGCACAUAUUUUAGGUAAUAUGUGGUCAUCAGAUUGGUCAUCAUAUGAAAAACUUUUGUUACCAUUUGAAGAAUUAAGACUUGAAGAUCAAAUAAGUAAAACAAACUGGACUACGUUAGAUAUGGUUAAACGGGCUGAUGACUUUUAUCGAUCUUUGGGUUUAAAUCCAGUAACAAAAACUUUUUGGAAUAAUUCUAUUUUUGAGAAAACUUCAAACAGGACAAAAUGUCAUGGAAGUGCUGGAAAUAUGUUCAAAGAUGAUGAUUAUAGAAUGGUUAUAUGCGUUAAUCGUUCUAUUUACGGUUUUUAUGAAAUAAUCCAUGAAAUGGGACAUAUUCAAUAUUAUAUGCAUUUAAAAUAUCAACCGCCGCUAUUUCAGGAUGCUGUAAAUUCAGCAGUUGGUGAAGCUAUAGGAGAUUCAAUGUUCUUAGCAAUGAUGACACCUCAAAAUUUAAAUCGUCUCCGAUUAAUUCCUGAUAAUUAUCUUGCACCAAAAGGAUUGUCAGCGAUUUCAUUUAAUGAAUUGAAAGUUGUUCAUGAAACGAAACCGAAUAAAAAUUUUUUUCAAUCUCCAAGUAAUAAUGAAAUAAAAAGCCUGUUAAAAAAUAGAACUGUUAGUAAUUCAACUAAACAACUGCAUACUAAUUGGCUUACCGCACACGAUCAUUCAACACUCAAUUACAGAAUUUUACUUGAAAAAUUUAAUAAUUUUGCAAAUAUGAAAGAACGAACAGCACUAAUAAAUGUGAACCGAUUCGACAUAGCCUUGUUAUUGAAAUUGGCGUUAAUGAAAAUUCCUCAAAUUCCAUUUGAAUAUAUUUUAGAUUUAUAUAGAUGGGAUCUAUUUAGUGGUGAUAUAAAUGAUGCAAAUGCCAAUGAUAAAUUUUGGGAAUUUAUUUUUAAAGAACAGGGUAUACACCCACCUUACUGGAAUAAAAGACAUAAUUUGUUUGAUGCCGCUGCUAAAUUUCAUUUUGCUGAUAAUACACCAUAUGUAAGAUAUUUUUUAGCCAGUAUACUACAAGUUCAAAUCUUCAAAGGUUUGUGUGAAUACACGGUUUUUGGAAAAUUUCAAUCAGGUCAAAAACUUCCAAUGCCCUUACAUCGUUGUGAUAUUUAUGGUUCGAGAAGAGCUGGGCGAAUUUUAAAAAAAGCUAUGAAAUUAGGAUCAUCAGUUCAUUGGUCUGAAGUUUUAUAUAUAUUAACAGGAAAUUCAGAACUUAGUGCAGACCCAUUACUUGAAUAUUAUCAACCUUUAAUAAUUUGGCUGGAUCGGUUAAUAAUUAACUUUGAAAUUCCUAUAGGAUGGGGAAACAAAAUGAAAUUAGAAGAAUUCAUUAAUUACACGGAUUAAAAUGAAUUGUAUGGACAUUUACGUGAUUUCAGUCUUUUUAGUAUUUUAAUAUUUUUAUGAAUCUUUGACAAUUUCAUCAUAUUUUUUUUUCUUAUCUUUUGAAUUUUGAGUGAGUACAUGCAAUGUAGCAAUUUCAGUAUUUUUAAAAAUUUAUUUAAACUCUAAUUCCUAAUUUAAUCAGAAAUUCGUUUAAUGUUUUAAUAUAUGUAUAAUAUUAUAAGUUUUUUUUAUUACAAUUUUUAUACAUAUGAUUUACGUAAUAUAAUACAAUUGUAAUACAAUCCGGACUGUUUUGAAUUCUACUUUUUCCAAAAUGAAAGUACCAUUCAAACCAUUUGAAAUUGGGAUUUAAUUUUCAUUUAAAGAAAAGCGGUUUAAAACAGACCAAAAUAAUU